CUCACUUCACCGAGAGAUGCGAGGUGAACAGUUCAUGUCACUUCGUACCUACCUCGGUACAAGGUAACUUCCUGUCCGUCUCUAUGGUCGGACGACUCAGCCAGGAACAGGGACGUCAUGCCUCUACCGGUCUGUGGCCUCGGGAUCUCGCCCGCUCCUUCGCAUCUACUCCUCACCAAAUGCAUGCGCACAGGUACACUGUUGUGGCCGCUGUCCGCGGCGGUAUAAGUAGGCGUUACGCUGGACAUGGUAGGUCACGUCCUGUGUUUCUUUCCCAAUCCACGAAGCAAGGAUGACUCGUCUCUUUGCACUUGCUGCGCUGCUCUGCGGCUCCUCGCUUGCAAACAUCAUCCCUUUUUGGCAUGGCUCUGAUACUGGAUCUAACCAACCUUGGGGCCCUUGGCAAUGGUCUACAGGUGUUGCGGCCGCUAGUGUCGGCGCAACAACUACUGCAGCAGUCAGCGUUGCAGCGAGCAGUACUUCAGCAGUCACUGGUGUAGCGGGCAGUACUUCAGCAGUCACUGGUGUAGCGGGCAGUACACCAGCAGCCAGCGCUGCAACGGGCAGCACGUCAGCUGCCAGUGUUGUAACGAGCCGUACAUCGGCUGUGAGUGGUGCAACAAGCGGUACAUCUGCGGCCAGUGGCUCGUCAGCCCGAGCUAGCACAUCCAGCAGUGCAGCGGCUGCCAGCGUGUCGUGCGGCUAUCCCGGAGGAGGCCCAACAGCGACCAUUGACGUCGGCGUUGUGAUCGGAACGACUACUUCCCUUCCCGCUGCAAGCGCAAGUGUGAACAAGUUUCUCGGCGUCCCUUUCGCACAGAGCCCCCCACUCCGCUUCGCACCGGCUGUGCCGCCAGCAGCAUUCAGCGCACCCAUCAACGCCACUGCGUGGAAACCGGCGUGCAUCCAGCAGUUCAACUAUCCGCUGGCGGCGCAACAGUUGACCCAGAUGCUGUACAAUACGCCUGCGCCAGUCGAGAGCGAAGACUGUAAGCCCUCACGUCUAGCGUGAAUGUUAGUGAGAGCUUUUUAUUGAUAUAAGCAGGCCUCUACCUGAACGUCUACGCGCCUUCCACGCCAGCGCCUGCUGACGGCCGUGCGGUCUUGUUCUGGAUUUACGGUGGAUCGCUUCAGUUCGGUAACGCGGGUCAGGCUGCCUAUGACGGCAGCGCGUUCGCCAGCUACGAGGAUGUCAUUAUCGUCACGACCAACUAUCGUACCAACGG